UGCUUUACAUGGGCACAUUCUUUCUCUAUCAAAAUUAGCCUGACGCAUUCACCCGAGUUAAAUUACAUUGUUUUAACUUUUUAAUACAAAGUAUCUAUCAAGAUUGUGUCUGAUACACGUUAGAGCUACAAAUGUAUCAAUAUCUAGGAGAGGGAGCUGCCCCCUUCAAAUGAUUGGAGGAAAGAUGUGCCACGUGCAACGAAUGCACUUUGACCACAUCUUGAAUCCCAACUUGACCCUCAUAUUUUGUUUUUAGCCAUUAUAGUGAACUUAGAGUGCAUAUCACUAACAUCAGUUUCACUUCCGACACAUUGUUGUGCUGUAUAGGUGUGAGAAAACAAGGACAAGACAAGAUGGCCCUGAGCGGCUUUGACAUUGAUGCCCCGCGCUGGGAUCAGACCACCUUCAUGGGGCGGGUCAAGCAUUUCUUCAACAUCACUGACUCGAGGACAGCGCUGCUGCCUGACUCCAGACUAGAUGAGGCCAAGGCACUAGUGGAGAGCUGCAGAGCUGGGUCCAUUCCCCCCGGUACUACAGAAGAACAGCUGCAUUAUGCCAAGAAGCUUUACGACUCUGCGUUCCAUCCAGACACGGGCGAUAGGAUGAACCUGAUUGGUCGGAUGUCUUUCCAGGUGCCUGGAGGCAUGGCCAUCACAGGCGCCAUGUUGCAGUUCUACAGGACAGUGCCGGCAGUGGUGUUCUGGCAGUGGGUGAACCAGUCCUUCAACGCCCUGGUGAACUACACGAACCGAAACGCCGCCUCUCCCAUCACCCCAAAACAGAUUGGAGUGGCUUAUUUCACUGCCACCAGUACUGCUCUGGUCACUGCUGUGGGACUCAACCUUUACACAAAGAAAGCACCCCCCCUGGUGGCGCGUUGGGUGCCCUUCGCCGCCGUGGCAUCGGCUAACUGCGUGAACAUCCCCAUGAUGAGACAACAGGAGAUCCUCAAUGGCAUUGCUGUCACUGAUGAGAAUGGGAACAAGCUGGGGCAUUCGAGGAAAGCAGCAGCGAAGGGAAUCACACAAGUGGUCAUCUCUCGUGUCACCAUGGCAGCACCAGGCAUGAUCAUCCUGCCCAUAAUCAUGCAGCGGCUGGAGAAGUACAGGUUCAUGCAGAAAAUCACCUUCCUUCAUUGUCCACUGCAAGUCAUGAUGGUCGGAAUGUUCCUGGUCUUCAUGGUCCCUGCAGCCUGUUCCCUGUUCCCCCAGCAAUGCUCUAUGGCCGUGUCCAAGCUGGAGCCUGAGCUGAGAGAGUCCAUCACCUCAAAGUACGGAGACAAGGUCCAGUACGUGUACUUCAACAAGGGCCUCUGAGCGUCCACCCGCUCCCAGCGUCAGCAGGCCCAAGGCCGGGUCAGGGUGGGCCCACACCCAUGGAGGGAUUCUGGGACUGUGGGAAAGCGAUGUAGCCAUGGGCCUGUUGCAGGCCUUCCAGAUAAGACAUCUGUCAAUGGAGGCUGGAGAAAAUCUGGAUGGUGGAUGGAACACACACACACACACACACACACACACACACACACCUUUGUUUUUUAAAAAAAAAAGUUUUAUAAGACAGUGGUUCUGGGGGUAAAGGUUGUAUGGUGGUAACACGGUCUCUGUCACAUGAAAUGUUAUUGUCAGCUCAAAUAUGAACUCUUUAUUUCUGUGUUUGUUCUACAGUCCGUUUGUAUCGUUUGUUUUGUUAUUGUUCGUUUUGUUAUGUGUCCGUGUCUUAAGGUGUAAAGAGGUCAAUGGCGAUGUGCAGUCACAGGCAUACCUCAUAAAAUGGAUCCCAUGUUUGGGCAUUUAGCACCCCCUCUAGUGGAGAGGAACAUGCCCUGCAGGUAUUGCAAACGGUCAAGUCUACACAGACAAAGCCAAACAUUGCCUUCAAAACCUCUCCGGUACCAAUGAAUAGCUUUACAGUUGGCUUACUGGACACUGUUACUGAAUGAUCCAUCAUGAGCUAUGGGCAAACCUGACCAAAAUAAGUCACAAUUAGUCACCAUGUUUUGCCUGAUUCAAGUUUAAUGUGUUACUGUGUGUCAACUGUGGCCAUAUGACGUGCCCUUGUUACAGUUUAAAGGACUAAUAUCCCAAGGCAACCUGAGUUGGAAGCCACACCUGGGCCCUGACUUAGGAAGCAAAUGCACCCCCUUAGGCAGAGACACUUUUUUUGAGAGUUUAGAGGAAAUUAGAAGCUGAUAAGUAUUCAGGAAGCCAUUCUCACAACGUGCCAGGGAAUUUCAUUUGGUUACCCGACAUGCAAGUGAAUUUAUUUUUCUCUCAAGCUGUAAUGCAUCUAAAGUCCUUAUUGCAGUUUACAGCUAGACCAAAUGGUUGGAUAGCAGAUCAUUCAGACACAAUCCCAAAGAAUUUUUUUUAAGUGUGAAUAUAAAGGUGCAAGUACAAACAUUCAUAGGUAGAAUGCAUGAUGUAUGCAGAUGGAUAUACAGAAACGAAUAUGGUCAUGUACUGUAGUACAUGAACUUAGUAUUAUUGUGAGCAUCAAAUAUGUUUGAGGACUGUGGAAUAAAGCAAAACAUU